AUGAUGCGAUUCCUUCCUCUCCUCUUCACGGCGCUCGCAGGAGCAUCAGCUGUGCCGAAAUGGGACUUUGGUAACCCCAUCGCCGCACAGUCAGACGUGUACAGCGCUCCCGUCGAAAGCUUUGCAAACAUCACCGCGCUCAACAUCACGCUGCCGGUGGACCACAACGGCUCGACGACAGACACGUUCGAGAACAGGUACUGGGUCGAUGACAGAUUUUGGAGGCCUGGCGGGCCGAUAAUGCUAUUCGACGUCGGAGAAGCAGCCGCCGACGACACCGUCGCGGCCCUCGGCCUCACGCACCAGCCCGCGCACGCCCGCGCCAACAACGCCCUCAUCAUCGUGUGGGAGCACCGCUACUACGGGCAGUCGUGGCCGUCGCGCCUCCCCGAGACCUACAGCCCCGACGACGUCGCCGCCUACUUCCGCUUCCUCACCGUCGAGCAGGCGCUCGAGGACGUGGCCGUCUUUGCGCGCACCUUCAAGUGGAAGGACGCCGCCACCUCGCCCGGCCAGGUCCCGUGGGUCUUUGUCGGCGGCAGCUACCCCGGCGCGCGCGCGGCGUGGGCGCGGAAGCGGAACCCGGACAUCUGGUACGCCUCGCUGGCCAGCAGCGCCGUCGUCGAGGCGGCGACGCAGAACCCGUGGUACUACGAGGUGCAGCUCCAGGCGCUGCGGGAGAACGGGUACAGGCCGUGUGCGGACGACAUGGUGGCCAUGGCCAAGUAUAUCGAUGCCGCCAACAACACGCAGAUCAUUGACUGGGUCUACAUGGUCAGAAACACGAGCGAUGCGGUGGCAGGGGCGGCCGGCGGCGCUCUCGACUCGCUGGGCACGGCGGAGAACGCGCACGAGCUGCUGGGCGAGAUGGUCACGACGGUGCUCGUCGGGGCCCUCCUCGAGUACCAGAGCGUGGCCUUCCAGACGACCCCGUACUCGCGCGGCGAUCUUGGGUACUUCUGCGGGCUCAUGGGCGAGGCCAGCGGCAACUCCACACGGGGCGUCUUCGGGACCAUGGCCGAGGAGAGCGCGGUCGCCGUGUUUGCAGAGGCCGCCGGGAAGAACCUCGACCGCAUCCUGCGCCUGAACAACGGCCAGAUCUCGAAGCGUGACCUGCUGGGCCCGCCCCAUAUUGCUGACCGCCAGAUCCUGCACAGGCGUGGAGCAGCAGAGAGCGGGCAGCAGCUGAGUGCGCGCCAGCAGCAGCAGCAGCAGGGCGAGACGUUUGACCCCUGCGCCGCAGACGCGGAGACAUGCCGGCCGUGGCUGCAGACAAUGACCAACAGCUGGACAUACCAGGUGUGCACCGACUUUGCAAACCUGCUCACCGUGCCGCCGACGGGCGACUCGCUCUACCCGCGCAAGUUCAACAGCUACGAGUACAUGCGCCAGUGGUGGUGCGUCGACAGCUUCAACAUCACGGCCACGCCCGGCCGCGACCUCAACAGGAAGUACGGCGGGUGGAGCAUGGCCAGCAGCAACACCCUCUUUGUCGACGGCGAGUUCGACCCCUGGCGCGCGGGCACCGUCAACAGCCAGAUCCCCGAGGCCAAGGGCCGCCCGAGGACCGAGGUGGUCCCCGCGGCGGGCCAGGUCAUGACCGACACGGUCUUUGGCAUGGUCGUCGAGGGCGGCGCGCACUGCCCUGAUCUCGGCAUUGGCUGGAACCUGAGCGGGCGUCCGGCGUUCGAGCUGUGGAAUAAGGCGCUGGCUACGUGGUUGCCCAAGUUCGAGAACCACACCGUGAGCAACACGACGGCGGGCACGGGGCCGGGGGUUAGCAGCGGCAGUAGCCGGGCGGCCUCGGGGGCGGGCAAUGAGGAGCAGAACGGUGUUGCGGGGAGGACGGCGGGAGUGGUGUUUGCGGCGGUGAUGGCGGUGGCGGCGAUUGUUGUGGUUUAG